AUGGGCAUCGACAAAUCCCGUCUGUUCCCCUAUAGAGGACCCCUCAUCGGAUUCACAGACCACUCUCUUUUGCCUGAAGGGAUGAUUACUCUCCCAUUAACAGUUGGGAAGUACCCUAGGCAAGCCACCGUCCAAGUCCAGUUCCUAGUGAUGGAUAUCAAAUCAGCCCAUAAUAUCAUCUUAGGCCGAACUGCCCUCCAUCUUUUGUGGGCCAUUCCUUCAACUUACUACCAGAUGGUCAAGUUCCUGACCCCUAACAGAUUGGAGAAAGUAGCUGAGCAGCAGAGGACGAUAUCGGUGGAAGAGCUUCAGGAGAUACCCAUUGACCAAGAAGGAUUGAAGACGAUUAAGAUUGGGUCCAGUCUAGUCCAGGCCUUGUUAGGAGUUUUGACCAAGUUCUUGCAGGAAAAUGCUAAUGUGUUUACCUGGGAACCCGAAGACAUGUCGGGGGUUCCCUCCGAAGUGAUUAGCCAUGAGCUGGCUAUCGAUAGGCAUACCAUGCCAGUUCGACAGAAGAAGAUACAUCUCAGCCCAGAGCGCUAG